AUGGGGCCCCGACCUCAGACGAUUUGUCUUUGUAAACAACAACUGAAGCUCCUUGUCUGUGUCCCUCAGGGAGCCGAGAGCAUCACCACAUACACCUUCAACACCCACAAGGCGCAGCACACCUUCUGUAAGAGGUGCGGCGUCCAGAGCUUUUAUUCUCCCCGCUCCAACCCCGGAGGCUUCGGGAUCGCCCCCCACUGCCUGGACGAGGGCACGGUGCGCAGCGUGGUGGUCGAGGAGUUCAACGGCAGCGACUGGGAGAAGGCCAUGAAGGAGCACAAGACCAUCAAGAGCAUGUCUAAGGAGUGAGCCCCUGCCCCCUCCCGCAGGAGGGCCCGUGGCCGCCCCCAUCUCCGCAGGCGGCUCCGGCACCAGUGUCUUCAGGCAGCUCUUGUCCUCCCUCGGCUCAGAUUUUGACAUAGGCUAGCUGACACCCUUCUAUCUCUUCCCGACUUUUGUGUGAUCUUUUAGAAAAAUAAAUAUUUUUAACAUUAAAGCA